CAAAUGAGCAUGGACUAGAGUAAGUAGAGUAGUAUAUAAAGGAAAUGGGAGAUGCACUUAUCUCCAACACAAUUGAUUUACACUUUACACCUACAAAAGUGUGUAUUUUAUUCGCACCCAUGGCAGCAGUCACCAGUUGUCUUCCUCUUUCAGCAACUAUUCUUCUUCUUCUUCUUUUCCUUUCCUCUACCUCCAUUGCUGUCCCGAUCUCAAGAACAAGAAACCUCAUGGAUGAACGAUCACUUGGACAUGACAAAGUUUCAGGCUAUAUCCCAUCGGUAAAGGAAAGUUGGGAGAUCAGUGAGAGCAAUAUUGAUAUAACCGAAAGAAUGAAUCUUGAAGUGAACGAUUAUCCAGGAUCUGGUGCAAACAACCGCCACACGCCAAGGCCAUAGCAAGGGACAAGAUCAUAUUGCAAACGACAUAUGAAACUAGAAGCAACAUAAAUAGAGUAGUAGCUACUAGAGUUUUAUUUAGUUAAUGAUACGUACGAGAAAAUCAGGCUAAGUAAACUACUACCUAACUACCUACAAGUAUACAAUUCAUGCUACGUAUACAUUUAUACGUUAUAUAUGUAUCUAGCUAGCUAGUACUACAAUGAUUCAAAAUAUAAGAAUCUAUACCAAUGUAUGUCACCAAGUUGUUGAGUGGUUGGAGUCUGAAUAUUGGUAGCAAUAUUAGAUAAUGAUUGCGGUUUUACUUUAAUCUUCGUUUUUGUAUAAGAAGCAAGUUAUGUCGUUAGUAUGGACACAAGAUUUCAUAUUAGGCGACUAAAAAAUCAAAUGGUGGCACAUUUUCUAUCACUUAGUUGCAC